AUGGUGGAACCCGAGGAGAUCACCGAGCGGUAUCCCGAAUCCUGCCCUUUCUGCAGCAUCGCUGCCGCCUACCCAGGGACCACCACCGCCGCGUCGCCAUCAUCAAGCGGGGAAGAAGAGGAUCUACUCGCAUGCAUACCCACCGCGUCCGCCGCGGACCCGGCCCGCGUUGACCCGGCGACGUACCUUGUGUUGUCAGCGCCCCGGGUGCUGGCUUUCUUGGACAUUCUGCCAAUGACGAGGGGCCAUCUGCUGGUCACGACGAGGGAGCAUAGGGAGAAAGUACAGGAUGUGGAGGGGUUGGAAGGGAGGGAUGUUGGCUUCUGGCUCCCCCUCCUCGCCAAAACCGUCUCCCGCGUCACAGGCGUCACGGACUACAACAUCGUGCAAAACAACGGAGCAAGAGCAGCCCAAGUCGUCCCGCACGUCCACUUCCACAUCAUCCCGCGGCCGUCGCAGAUGCCGGAGCUGCAAAACAAGAGCUGGGCCAUGUUCGGGCGGGGCCAGCGCGACGAUCUGGACGACGACGAGGCCGGGCGGCUGGCUGAGGAGCUGAGGACGGUGCUGAGGGAGGAGGUGGUGGGGAAGCUGGGAGGGAGGAAGAGUAGUAGGCUGUGA